AUGUGUAUCGAUUACAUCUGCAAAUACACCAUCUGCGGCUGCAUCUGGGACGACUCCUGGGAACGCUGCGCGGACCGCAAAUGGUGUUAUCAACAUACACUAGUCCACAUGGAAUGCGAGAAGAUGUGCGACCCGUGUUGGCUGGAGCUAUACUAUCAAGUCACAAUGGAAGUCUUCGCGGGAAAUGAGCGGGUCAGCCGGCUUGUGGACGAGCUUCUAUCUUUCCAUGCCGGAGGGACAAAGAAGAAGACUCCGCCGCAACCCCGAGUCUGUGAUGCUGUUCCUCCGGGCAAGAGAGAAUUGGAGGAGGUGCGGGUUUUUGAAAGGUGGAUAUUGGAGGAAGAGGCGGAAAUGCUACGGAUUAAUGGCCCUCCAGUGGUGGAUUAUAUGAUGGAUUCUGACUGA